CCUCGCGGCUUAUGGAAGAAUCGAUUCUGUGUCAACUUAAGGCAGACUUACCGUGUCUUCUAAGGAAAUGUAGUAGGAUUUUAACGUGAGAGGCCUGAAAGAUUGAAGUGUUGUAUUUUGCAAAGAGUGCUGAAAUAGCUGGAGUUCGCUCGGAGACCAUUUCUGUGCCACAGGAAAUCAAAGCAUCGCAGCUGUGGAAGGAGCUAGAGACUCUCCAUCCUGGGCUGGCUGAUGUUAGAAACCAGGUGAUAUUUGCUGUUCGUCAAGAGUAUGUCGAGCUUGGAGAUCAGCAACUCCUGCUUCAGCCCGGAGACGAGGUUGCCAUCAUCCCGCCAAUCAGCGGGGGAUAGUGCAUCUGAGCCAUCUGGGAACGACGCGGAUGAAGUUCAGGAGAAACCUAAAGACAUAGUACAGUUCACUGCCGAGAAGCUCUCAGUGGGUGAAGUGUCACAGUUGGUGGUGUCCCCUCUGUGUGGUGCCGUGUCUCUCUUUGUAGGGACUACGAGAAAUAACUUUGAAGGCAAGAAAGUCAUUAGUUUAGAAUAUGAAGCAUAUGUACCAAUGGCAGAAAAUGAAAUCAGAAAAAUUUGUCACGACAUUAGACAGAAAUGGCCAGUGAGACACAUAGCGGUGUUCCAUCGGCUUGGUUUGGUUGCAGUGUCAGAAGCAAGCACAGUUAUUGCUGUGUCCUCACCUCACAGAGCUGCAUCCCUUGAAGCCGUGAGCUACGCCAUUGAUUCUUUAAAAGCCAAGGUGCCCAUAUGGAAAAAGGAAAUAUAUGAAGAAUCAACAUCAACUUGGAAAAGGAACAAAGAAUGCUUCUGGGCAGCUGGUGACUAGUCAAUUUUGGUGCACUAAAUCUUAAAUUUGGUUGCAGCACAUCAGAUGCUUUAAUUUUCUGUGAGAACAGAAACUUAUGCUACUGAAAGCCUGAGUUGUGUAGAAUUGAAUUUUGAAUAUGUGAGCUGGAGCAAAAGGAGUCCCUAAGACAUACUGAGAUGUGUGAUGUUGCAGUAAAAACCCAGCGAGAGAGCAGCCGACUGUCAAAACAAGUUUAAUGAUAUUUAACAACAAGGUCUGAAAGGGAUGAUUUACAGUUAAAUAAAACGUUUCUGUCUGGUUCUUGUGCUUUUCUUUA